CCAGUGGCCGUGUGGUGGCAAGUGCAGGAUAAGUCUCUCAUUGAAUCACAGAGAAAGAGUGCUCUACCAUCACAGGAUUAUCUGACGAGCCAACUACGUGUUCAUAAAAUUGCCAUUAUUUAAUUUAUAAAUUAAUUCCACUGUUCGCCGCUUCCUUCACCAACACUUCAACUCACAGAUCAUCCUCUUCAAGAUAACAAUAAAGACAGUUGUAAUUAAAAGGAACAAAAUCUCCAUUUUUAAUCAGUUUCCUCUGCUCUUUGAUUCUGAAUGUCCUGUGCCAGUUCCUACAAUACGAACCCAACAACGUGUGAAGAUUUUAAAAUCAACAGAAAUAGAACUGAAAUUUUCAUUGAAAACGGUUACCUCAUAAACUAAGAAAUGCUUGAUUCAGAUUCCUCUCACUGGAAAAGGAAACUAGAAUAAAGGGGCUCUUUGGUUCAUAAAUUACAAAUUUACAAUCCAAGAAACCCUAAUUUGGCUUCAUGAUUUGAUCUCGAGGGAACCCAAUAAGAAGGGUUUGCUUCCUCUUCAUUAUUUCCUAUCACGAGAAGGGUUUCUAUUGGAAAUGCCGAUCGCGAGGAUUGGGUUGAUCUCAUGGUUCAACAGGAAGGUCGUGGAUCCUGUUCGGCAAAUUCUCCAAAGGGGAGCAGAACCGAACCAACUAGCAUUUUCGACGGCUCUUGGCUUCACUUUGGGAGUGUUCCCUAUAUGUGGGGUCACCUUCUUUCUUUGUGGGAUGGCUAUUGCACUGCUUGGUUCACGUUGUCAUCCUCCAAGUGUGAUGCUUGCAAACUUUCUUGCUACUCCAGUAGAGUUGAGUCUGCUGAUUCCUUUCUUGCGCUUUGGGGAAUUCAUUUCUGGUGGUUCUCAUUUCCCACUUACCCCUGAUGCAUUCAAGAAAGUAUUGACUGGCCAAGCAUCUUGGGAAGUCCUACUCAGCAUUGCCCAUGCGUUGCUAGGCUGGCUCAUUGCGGCUCCAUUCAUCUUGGCUGCACUCUACCUUGUUCUUCUCCCAUGUUUCAAGUUUCUGGUUUCCAAGUUUGGUAGUCCUCCAAGCCCAAGGAAGCAAAUACAUUCCCCCAGAGAAAUCAAGCUCAAGGUAAGGGAUGCUUAACGUCCUCUUCCUCCCCCCCCCCCCCCCUCUUCAAUGAGCAUGGGCCCUUGAACUAUAACACAACCCUUUGUAUAUAAGAUAAGACAUUUUUCACUAUGGUGAAUGAUUGUAUAAUAACUAAGGACAUUUGAUAUGGGAGAUGAUUGGCAAAGUCAGGUA